ACUUUCAGGAAAGUCGUUGGGGAGAAAACAAGAAGGCGGUUGGUAGUCUAGCGAUCUGUGUGUUACAAGGAAGAUCCGUGGCUAAAUCAACGGCUGCUUGUCUUGUGACCUGUGCUGAAGUUGAGCGACAGAGAUGGAGGAGACCGGGGGAGUUGGUGGCGCUAGUGCGUACGGAGCUUCGCUCGCAGGCGGUGGCUUCGACUUUCACAAGUUUGCUAAACAACCGCACACUAUCGUGCGCUUCUUGAGUUGGAUUUUUUCCAUCGUGGUCUUCUCCUGCAUCACAGCGGAGGGAUUUGUCAACAAAUCGCACAGCCCCGACGCGCAUUGCGUCUUCAACCAGAAUGACUCGGCGUGUCACUACGCUGUGGGCAUCGGGCUCAUAGCCUUCCUGGCCUGUUUUUUCUUCCUCUUAUUGGACGCCUACAUGCCGCUGAUGAGCAACGCAAAGGAGAGGAAGUACGCUGUCAUGGCCGACCUGGGAUUCUCAGUUGUGUGGACGUUCCUGUGGUUCGUGUGUUUCUGCCUCCUGACUAGCCAAUGGAGUCGUACGAUUGAUGUCAGAGGAAUCCCCCAGGACGCCGCCCGCUCCGUCAUUGCCUUCUCUUUCUUCUCUAUCGCCACCUGGGGAAUCCUAACCUACUUCGCUUUGGGGAGAUAUCGCCGUGGUGUUGCCGACGUCACCCAGAGCAUCUAUGCCGAGUCUCCGCCGGAGCAGCACACCCCUUACCCUCCGACCUACGCCCCCUCGGCCUACACCCCCACCACCUACUCCCCGUACCCUUCCAGCGCGCCAGACGACUUCCAACAACCCCCCUUCACCCCCAGCACCAUCACCCAACCCCAGGGGGAAUAUCAACCCCCCAACUACUGAGGGGCUCCGCGGUGAAGUUUCCCCUAGGUACAGAUCUAGGAUCAGCUUCACUUCCCCCAUUCCUAACCUUAACCAUUAGUGGGGGAAAUGCAAAACUGACCCAAGAUCAGUGUCUAGGCCAAGGGGCAAUUUCCCCAUACCAUUACUGGGAUAGAAUUAUGGAGAAAGGAAGUGGAAGCUCCUUAUCACCAGACCUGGGUUCAAAUACUAUUUGAAAUAUUUGUUUUGCUUUUGUCUGUCUGGAGUGCAAGGUGGGUGGGGUUUUCACUCUGUCAACGUUUAUAUUGGUUUAAUUUGCAACAGGGAAACUGGAUGAAAGCACAGACCGAUAAAGUAUUUGAAAUGGUUUUAAAUAGUGUUUGAACACAGGUCUGCUCACUACUAAUUCAGUGGCUGAUGUGGUUUAAAGGAGACUUCUACCCUGAGACAGCUGAGGGGGAGGGGCAAAAGUCAGGUCCUGGUCACGUGACACUGGAGCUCACAUGAUUUGGGAUAUGCGAAAAACAGCCAAUGAGAGCUCUCGUGGGAGAGGCAAGUGCUUGCUUUAGCUAAUCAGUGUGCUUGUCUCCCCCCCUCUCUGUUCAGAAUUCUAGUCCCCUGCUUCUAUGCUCCAGAAGGAAGGAGAAUGUGUCUGUCAGAGGAGGCUGGUGGGAGGAAGAUAUAGGAGGACCUGCUCAUUGUAAUGGCUGGGAUGGAAUAAAUGGAACGGUAUCAAAUAUGGAAACCACAUGUUUGACUCGGUUCCAUUUAUUUCAUUCCAGCCAUUAGUGAGCCGAUCCUCCUAUAUCUUCCUCCCGCCAGCCUCCUCUGGUGUCUGUACAUAAUAGAUAUUCAUAGUUGAAACGCCAAUUCUUUGAAUGGCUGUAGUGUCUUUUUUUAAAAACAUUUUAUCUUUUUGUUUUCAAUUUAGCACAAUUAUCUUGAUGACAUGCAAGCACAAUGUUUUAUUCAAUGUCAAAAAAGUAUGUUUAUUUAAUUGACCAGUGUAUCGUGAGACUACUGAAUUCUACAGGAUAAGCCAAAUGCCCAAGAAAGCCUUACUAUUAAUGUCCUAUGUAAACUGCUGGGUUUUUGUCCCACUUCAGGAGCCGUAAGCAGACUUUGACUGUGUCCCAAAUGGCACCCAAUUCCCUUUAUAGUGCACUACUUUUGACCAGGACCCAUAAGGCUCUGGUUAAAAGUAGUGCACUAUAUAUAGGGGAUAGGGUGUCAUUUAGGAUUCAAUCUACAAUUCCUUUCUCAUAACUCUUAAACCCUGUCUAUCUGAUAACAGUCAAGGUAAAGCCAUAAAAAGCCCAAGGGAAAAAACACAUUAAACCGCACGUUAAAUUAAACCGCCCGUGGAAAACACAAGGCUUGUUUGCUCAACUGAUCUGUGUAAUAUGCAUGUUCCUAUCUAGUCAUUUAUGUACUGAUUGAGUUUUCAGUCAUAUUUUAUGUCUACUGUCCACAAAAACUAUAGCAACUGGAUAGGUUGAAACCAGGCUUGUAACCAGGAGAUAAAUUAGAGUCCCAAUUGUCCACCCUUCUCCCAAAGCGUGCACUGCACUGGCCUACUCCCCCCCCAUGGCUUUGACAAUGCAAUCUCCCUCCAUCCUCACAGCCAAUCCUGACACCAGUGCUAUGCUUUUAGAACCAUGUGCACUGGAAAAGGGGGGAGAAUCAGAACAGAAGUCUUCCACUGCCGCUAGAUAAAGCCAUCUAUGGUUUGUAUUACUUAGUGGGUUUCCUAUCAGUCGUUCUGAGUCUCAGACCACUACCUGCUUUGUACUACUAAAGGGAAAAGUAAUUCAUGAAUAAAUCCUCUUAAUGCCACAACUGACUUCAGGAACCUCAGUGUAGCAGCUGGGUCAUGUUCAUUAGGCACCAAAUGGAAGAAAAACCAGCUACAUAUGAACAUUAACAAACACACAAUUACUGAACUUCAGAAGCUAUUUUGAAUACAUUUUCUUGGUCCUAGAGUCAUUAAAUGUUCAGAGUACAUUGAGGGGACUUACUGCUUUCAAAACAAGUAAAACAGUUGGAAGGUUUUUAUCAGGCAAAUGCUUUGUUUGUUUAUCAUUGCAAGAAGUUUUGCUGUGGUGUGCACUAAUGAACACGACCAAGGGCUGCGGCUGUGUAGCUCCGGUCCACCAAGGUCCAAGUGUGCUUUGGCACUUCAUAGAUUACUACUUCAAAUCAUCUGACUGACUUUAAAUGUAAGUCAUACAGGACUAACUGAAGCACUUGAUAACAAUACAAUACUUGGGAUUUCAUCAAUUGCUUCUUUAAAGUGGCAACCUGCAGAUACAUUUUUGGACAUAUUAAUGAUCUGUACCAACUGAUUCUGGAAGAAUAGAACUUAUAAAUGCCUCAUGAGGUUAGUUCAAUUGUUGUACCCCAUCAGAACCCAAAAUAAGCAUUGUUUUUACUUUACCUUGUUUGUAAACAAAGUAAAUGUAAACAAACACUAUUUAGCCUCAACAUGGUUAACUAUAAUUGUGACAUCAUGGAUGGUCAGUCCUCGUAUCCAUAACUCUGAGUUUGAGCCCCGUCCCUCAGCUUUUUACCGAAACGGGUGGGGAGACGGUUUGUUAUUGUUUCAACGGCUGAUUGCAGCUUUUAAAGGAUAAGACUGAAAACGGCAGACGUAGAAUCCAUUAAAGGAUAAGCCUGAAAACAGCAGAUGUAGAAUCCAUUAAAGGAUAAGACUGAAAACGGCAGACGUAGAAUCCAUUAAAGGAUAAGCCUGAAAACAGCAGACGUAGAAUCCAUUAAAGGAUAAGACUGAAAACAGCAGACGUAGAAUCCAUUAAAGGAUAAGCCUGAAAACAGCGGACGUAGAAUCCAUUAAAGGAUAAGACUGAAAACAGCAGACGUAGAAAUCCAUUAAAGGAUAAGACUGAAAACAGCAGACGUAGAAUCCAUUGAAGACUGGCUUCUAUGGAAAUGUUAUGCACUUCUCCUUAACAAGAACCCUGGUAUACUUUGUUGACGGUGCCUUAGACUUACUGUAUGUAAUGUUGACACCAUGGUGACCUUGAGUCCACCAUGGACAAGCAUAGAUGUACAUAUUCACAUAUAGAUGUGUGAAGGUAAAUAUAGACACACAAAGAUACGUUGUAUAUAAACUCAUCAUUGGAGUCCACUUGGCCAAAGGGAAGACCUCACUGUGUGUCAAAUGGCACCCUACUCCCUAUAUAGUGCACUACACUAUAUUGGCCCUAGUCUACAUAGGGAUUAGGGUGCCAUUUGGGACACAGAGUUGCAUGUAUUAAAUAUGAGUGAUGCUACUAUGCAAGGCUAAUGGAAACAUUUAGGGAGGGUGGAAACUCCCUCUGUAUUUCUAUGUAUACAGGACAGUGGAGGCUGCUGAGGGGAGGACGGCUCUGAAUAAUGGCUGGAAUGGUAUCAGACACGUGGCUGCUGAGGGGAGGACGGCUCAGAAUAAUGUCUGGAAUGGUACCAGACAUGGCUGUCGUGGCUGUCUUAUGUCUGAUUCCAUUCCAGACAUUAAUAUGAGCCGUCCUCCCCUCAACAGCCUCCACUGAUAGUGUCACCAACCAUUUCAACUUCUCCGCUAGUGCCUGUGUGAAGUGUCCUUCCUACAGAAGGCUGAAAGGCGAUGGUGUAACACGCUAUUUGCCCAAUCAACCUCCUCAAACAGUCCAUAUAUUUACAUUAUAAAACCGUGGACAAAGUCAUUUAAAGCCAUGAUGGCACUGGAGCAAAAACUGAAGGGCAUAUUCAGGAUGAUCAAACUGUUGCCUUGUGUUCAUAACUGUCAGGUUUUUGUAUGGGAGAUGUUGCAAUUUGUUGUUUGCAAUUCUGAACAUACCCCCUAAUUAAUGUCCAGCGUGGCCUAGUAAGGCGGCAUCUACACAGGCAGCCCAAUUCUGAUCUUUUGACCAGUGAGAUCAGAUCUUUUGCCAAUAAUUGGGGGGAAAAAAAUCAGAAUUGGGCUGCCUGUGUAAAUGCAGCCAUACUGUUCAAAUUGAACCUCCCCAGUGAGCAACCUUUGUAUCUAUGAUUGAUCGAUAGCCAAGACUUCUGUAAGUAUGUGAUUUGUAGUUUAGUUAUGGGUUGUUAAUUGAUUGCGUUUUGUUUUCUGUAGUUGUAGGGGCGAUAUGUAUAUUUCACUUCUUGUCCAUUGUUUUAUCGUGUUACAUCAUUGGUUAUCUAUGUGGUUUUGAUUUGCCAUCUGAUCUCCACCACUGAUCUAAAUGAAAUAGUGUAGAUUUGAGUUCCUCACUUAUUUUACAUUUAUGAAAUUUAUUUACAAUUCUGUCUCACUUAACUUUAAUACACCCAAAAAAUGAUAGCACCAGAAACCUGUUAGUUGUGUUCUAUUGAAUCCAUUGUUGUAUAAGGAAGUGAUGUCACAAGGUUCUAAUUCCACUUCUGUUCUGUCUAAAUGACGUGUGUGUCGGCGUGGGGCAGAAUAAAAUCUGCUCAUAAUUUGA